AUGUCAACUAAUACUUCAACAUCAACAUCAACUUCAACUUCAACUUCUAUACCAAGCACUGUAUUCAGACAAGAUUCUCAAGAAUUAUUCAAUAGAUUCACCAAACAAAAUCAACCACAACAAGCUAAAUUAGAAAAAUUACAACGACAAUCAUCAUCAAUAAAUACAAUUUUUACAUCAAAAACAAAUGAAAAUGAAGAACAAGAUCAAAAAAAUAUUGAACAACAACACCAGCAUAAAAGAAAUUCAUCAUCAUUUUUUUCAAUGGAAGAAUUAUUAAUUGAAAAAUUAGAUUAUUUUGUAACAUCAAUUGAAAUAAGAUUAAAUAAUUUUGAACAAUAUUUUAAAUUACAAAAAGAUAAUAACAACAAGAAUCUUAAAAUUGAAGAAACGUUAGACUCAGAAUUAGGAUCAAGAAGAGGUUCAUCAUCAAGUUUAAAUAAUUUAAAAGAAAUUUCUAUAAUAAAAUUAAAUACAAUAAGAGAUAGAUUAAGUAUUAUAAAAAAAAAUGUUUUAAGUAAAGGUUUUACAAAUUUAGAAUCUUUAUAUAAUUUAUUAGAUGAUCAAUAUAAUUAUUUAUUUAAUGAAAUUUCAAUUAAUAAUAAUGCUAUAGAAGAUGAUGAAGAAGAGGAAGGAGAGGAGGAUAAGGAUAAGGAUUUGAAGGAUGUAACUGAAGGAUCUGAUGGAAAAACAUCUUCUUCAUUUAGUACAAGAGAAUUAUUAUCAAAUAAAAUUAUAAAUACAAUAUCGUAUUUUGAUGCUAAAUUAAUAAAAAUAGAUGAUUAUUUAAGAGAAAAAAAUACAAUAUUUGAUGAAGAUGAUAAUAAAACAAUUUUCAAUAAUUCUCAAGAAAAUCCAAUAAAUUUAAAUCAAACUUCUACAGAAAUUUUAGAUAAAUUAAAAUAUUUUAAUUUUAAUAGAGCUUUAAAAAAUGCUUUAAAUAAUGAAACAAUUCAUUAUUAUGAAUUACCUUUAUUAUGGAGAGAAAAUAAAUUUAUUAUUAAUGGUUAUAGAUUUUCUUUAAAAAAUUCAACUAUUUUAAAAUCAAUAUUUAAAGUACAUAAUGAAACAAUGAAUAUUUGGUCUCAUUUAAUAGGAUUUUUUUUAGUUUCAUAUCUUGCUGUUAUUAAUUUUCCAAAUACUACUACAUUCACAAAAACAACUUUUCAUGAUAAAAUAAUAAUAUAUUUAUUUUUAUCAGCUGCUUUAACUUGUUUAUUAAGUUCAUCAAUAUGGCAUACUUAUUCAUGUUGUGCAAAUUUUCCAAAAAGAUCAAAUUUUGCAUGUAUUGAUUAUUCAGGUAUAACUAUAUUAAUAAGUUUUUCAAUUAUAUCAGUUGAAUAUUGUGCAUUAUAUACUCAUCAAACAUUAAUCUUGUAUUAUAUAAUUUUUACAAGUUUAUGUUGUUUUAGUGGUUUUUUUUUAAAUUGGUCAUCAUAUUUUGAUAAACCUGAAUGUAGAUCAUUAAGAAUUGGAUUUUUUGUUGGACUAAGUUGUUCAGGAAUUUCUGCAUUAUUAUGUCAAUCAUUUUAUGAUGGUAUAUUAACACUGAUUAAAUUUAUUUUACCAUUAUGUUAUAAAAGUUUUAUAUGGUAUGGAAUUGGUGUUGUAUUUUAUGGUGGUUUAAUUCCAGAAAGAUGGAGAUAUGAUAUUAUAAUUGAAGAAAAUUAUAAUAAAUAUAAUUUACAUAAACAUAAUGAUCAUAGUGAGUUUCAUCAUUAUGAUCCUAUUGAUGUAUUAGAAGAUAAAGUUGGUCAUUCAGGAGAAGAAGAAAUAAAUCAAAUAAAAGAAGAACUUCAAAUCUUGAAAAAUGAGGAAGAAAACCAAUCAGAAAUUGAAGAAAAUGAAGAAGAUUUAAAAUUUAAAAAAUUAAUUUCAAAACAUUUUAAACAAAAACCAAUAUAUUCUCCAUUUGCAUCAAAUUUUAUGAGUUUAUGGUGGGUUGAUUAUUUUUUAUCAAGUCAUAAUAUUUGGCAUAUUUGUGUUUUAUUUGGUAUAAUUGGUCAUUAUAAUUGUUUAUUAAAUAUGUUUAAUGAUAUAAAAUUAAAUUGA